AUGCCUCCACUUUCGGGGUUCUCUGACAACCCUUUGAGGAAUCGAGACGACUUCAUUGCAGCCGCUAUUGCCCUUGUCCAGCCACUGCAUCGUCAUUUUUCACCUGGUAAGGCUACCAUUCGCCUCGCACAUUCGACCGGCGCGCACUUCGAUGAAGGUGCAGCGCGGCUUGAAGGAUUUGCGCGGCCGCUAUGGGUGGUCGCAACGCUGCUACAUUCACUAAAACAUGAUGACGACCAUCCUCAUGGGCCAAUUAUAGAGUCUCUUGCGAAGCCUUGGAUUGAAGGCAUUUGCAUAGGCACAGAUGAGAAUCAUCAUGAGUACUGGGGCACCAUUCAAGAUGGCGAUCAACGUAUGGUAGAAGCGGAGGUAGUUGCCUGUGCGCUACUGUUCGCUCCCAAUCAUUUUUUUCAUUCUCUGGACGGGAGAUAUAGGGCAAAUAUCGUUGCUUGGCUACGGCAGAUGAAUGGAAAAUGGAUGCCAACGAACAACUGGCGAUGGUUUCGCGUUUUCACAAAUCUAGCGCUGAUUCUGGUUGCUGGAAUCCCGAAAGAUGAAUUACAAGGAGAAAUUGAUAAUGAUAUGGCCGUUCUUGAUACAUUUGAUAUUGGUGAAGGUUGGUCUUCUGAUGGGCCAUGGUUGACGGCCGAGCAAGAAGCAGAAGAGGAGUGCGAGAGCGCCAGGACUGGUCGAUAUGAUAAGGUCGGCAUUGGGCGGCAGGCUGAUUAUUACUCGGGAAGUUUCGCCAUUCAAUUUAGUCAGAUAUUAUAUUCCAGGUUCGCGGCCGAACUGGACCCCGAGCGAGCAGAUAUGUACCGACAAAGAUCGCGAGAAUAUGGAGCCACAUUUUGGAGGUACUUUGACUCUAAUGGCGCCUCCAUACCAUUUGGCCGCUCUCUUACUUAUCGUUUCGCCUGCGGAGGAUACUUCUCUGCGCUCGCUAUCGCCCAAGUAUCCGAAAUGCCGGCACCUCUGUCUUCAGCCGGAGCUGUCAAGGGGUUCCUGUUUCGACAUUUACGCUGGUGGGCAAGGCAUUCCGAAGAAACUUUUUACACUGACGGUACCAUGAAUAUCGGGUGGCUGUAUCCGUAA